CGGGCUGCCCUGCACUCUACACGCCUGCAACGCACACAGAGAUCGUCUCAGCACAAAUGACAAUGUCGCAAACCCCAAUGAGACUCGCAUUCCGAGCCGCACGUCCUCUACGGAGGCCACAGGACCCGACGACCUACCUGCGAGCAUGUCGAGGCAUCUCCAAUGCCUCGCCGCACCCGAUGACAAACCCCAGACGACAAGCUCCCUCCCGUCCCAUGCUAUCGCUAGAAAGGCAGAGCCUGACGGACAGAAGACCCCUCUCCUCUACGCCCGUUAGUCAGGCGACGGUGGUCGUGCGGAACCCGCGCGUCGACGACGACGGGCACGAGAUGACCAUCACCAUCUCCGAGCGAGCUGCCAAACGCCUGAAGCAGAUCACAAGCGCGCCGGCGCAGAAGAACACCCUCGUCUCUUCCACAUCCUCACAGUCGUCGCCGCAAGACUCCCACCUCCGCGUCACGGUUACCUCGGGCGGCUGUCACGGCUUCCAGUACCUGAUGUCCCUGGAGGACUCGUCCAAGAUCGACACGGAAGAAGACACCAUAUUCGCAAACGACGACAAGACGGCGCCCGCAGGGCCCGGCAAAGCCGAGGUGGUCAUGGACUCUGCGAGCCUGGAGUUGUUGAAGGGCAGCACCAUUGAUUUCACCCAGGAAUUGAUCGGGAGCCAGUUCAAGGUGGUGGGGAAUCCGCGGGCGACGAGUAGUUGUGGAUGUGGCACGAGUUUUGAUAUUGAAUGAGGAAGACAAGACAGAACAACAGGGGAGAUGGGGAGGAUUGUGACUUGGCUGGAUGGAUGGCGCUGUGAGAAAUUUGUGCGUCGGUUCUGGUCACUGGGGCAAGAUUCACUGCUCAACAGAGACAUUGGACACGUAUGCCCUCUCGCAGCAGCGACGGCGGGUGCCUUCUAAGAGAGGAUCUAGGCAGCUUGAGAUAUUAUUCACAUGAAGCGUUCAGCCAGCCUAUACUAUGAAAAUUCUUUCCCCCUAAGCUUACAAGACCUUUGAUGAGGAGGAUAGUUACUGGGUUAGAUAUCUUGUAUUGAAGGAUUUGGAAUGACAUAUGAUGCCCGCGCAUUUGCUCGGGUUGGGGAGAGGAGAGAUGUCUAGAAGUGACAAGCCCAAAGAAUGUCGGUCACAG